AUGCCUUCCCAUCCGCGGGUAGAAGAAGUCGAGGACAGCGACCUUGAAAUGUCCGACCCCUCCGAGGGCGACAUCGACGACUUCGCCGAAUCCGACAUUCUCGUCCAGCGCGGCGCUCCUCCCGCCUACGCCUCCAAAGUCAUGCCCGGGCCGUCCUUCACCCCUCUCUCCGCCGCCCACCGCGCGCAGGCCGAAAAGCAACACCAACAAUUCCAAGCCGCCCAAGCCGCCCAAGCCGCCCAGGCAGCCGCCGCUCAACAACAACGCCAACAACCCCCUCCCCAAUACUCCCAACGACAAGCCUACACCCAACCCCCCGGCUACCCCGAAAUACAAACCACCACCGACGACUCGGCCUACAAAUCCUUCCAGUGCCUGUACCCGUGCUACUUCGACGCCACGCGCUCGCGCGCCGAAGGCCGGCGCGUGUCCAAGGAGCUUGCCGUGCCCAACCCUUUGGCAACCGAAAUCGUCAACGCCUGCGCGCAGCUCCGCCUCUCCGUCGUCUUGGAAGCGGGCAAGCUUCACCCCAAGGACUGGGCCAACCCGGGCCGCGUGAAGGUUAAUCUCAAAGAAUUCAUCCGCCUCCAUGGCGAAAAUGGAAAGCUGAAGAAUAAACACCACUUGUAUAUCCUCGUGGCGCAGCAUCUGAAGAAACAUCCUACUACGGAUGAGUCGCCGGCGUUGAGGGUCGUGGUUAGGGGCGCCGGCCCGCCGCCGAGGGAGAUGUUGGAGGAGGGAAAGAAGUGGCCGCGGCCGGCGGUGCCGAGGGGGUGGAAGAUGAGUGAGCUUUUGCCGUAUUAUAGUCCUGCGAUGACGGGGGGUGGGGUUAGUGAGAAUUUCUUGAAGGAUAUGAUGAAGGAGAUGGGGCCCGGAGGCAUGCCGGGGAUGCCGGGUAUGCCAGGAGGAGCGGGAGCAGGAGCUGGGGGAGGAAUGCCGGAUAUGGCGAGUUUGUUGCAGGGGAUGGGAGGGAUGGGGGGUUUGAGUGGGUUGGCUAAUAUGUUGGGGGGAAUGGGGGGAAUGGGUGGGAUGGGAGGCAGUGGUGCGACGAGUCCGGGGGCGAGUGGAAGUGAGGCGGCGGGGAAGAAGAAGGGGAAGGGGAAGAAAUAGGGUGCUAGGGGGUUGUGAGGGGAUGGCGAUGGUGAGGGGGAGGAUGUGAGAAGGAUGGGUUGAGACGGAGGGACAGGAGAAGGAUGGUCAUGACUGAAGAUUCACCUGCCAGCAAGACUUUUCAUUGCUUACUAAAUACAUAAUGAACAACAGCGUACACUGCAAAAAGCGGUUUACAAAGAAAGCAAUAAUACGAUGUACUUUUACGAAGCCCGGUGGUCGGGUACCUCACUCAGCAAGUGAUGGUGAACUAUCUUCAAGGUCAGCACCGAGUGAGUGGUGCUGUCCACCACCAUAGGGGAAAUUCCGACCCUGUAUCCAACUUCGAGGAAAGAAUCAUCUCAAGAUAUCGAAAUCAUCAACCCAAAAUCGAGUCAACGAACUCCUUACCAAAAGCCGUUUGACUCACCUUCACCC